UCCUGGUUUGGUCCACACCGCUGAAGAUUCGGACUCAAAAAUCCUUAAAAAAUGACGACUAGGAUUCUAAUACUACAACUGCUGGUGCUUGUGGCCGUGACUGCCUCCCAUGGAAGGCAGAGGUCACAGUUCACUCGGUUUCGCUCCUGGAACACUCGGAUGUACCCAGCCUGGAAAGAGGGAGACCCCAGGUUCAGAAACUGCUGGAAAGGCGGUAAUGUGACGUUUGAGCUGAAGAAUGAUGCCCCGACUCUGAGCGGAGCCAAAGCCACUUUCAACAUCAACUUAAACUUUCCCUCAAACCAAACUGUGCUCUCCAACGGGACAGUGGUGUGGGCACAGAACUGCACUGUGGAUGGGCAGCAGUACCAGGCAGGGCAGCCCGUGUACCCAGACACUCAGGGCACAGCCAUGUUCCCCGACGGGACCCCCAUCAGAGCCCAGAGACGCCCUCAGAAAUACGUCUAUGUGUGGAAGACAUGGGGUCGUUUCUGGCAGGUAGCAGACGGGCCCUCCUCAUCCCUCUCCAUCGGGACAGAGAACAUUCCUAUGGGCUCCUACGACAUGGAGCUGGUGAUCUACCACCAGAGAGGAAAGUCCAACUUCAUCCCCCUGGGCUACGCCUCCUCCAGGUUCACCAUCACCGACCAGGUCCCCUUCACCAUCUCCAUGAGCCAAGUGAACGACUUGAACGUAGAGGACCAGAGCUUCAUCCAGAACCGCGCGGUGGCCUUCAGCGUGAACCUGCACGACCCAAGCCAGUACCUGAGCGCCGCAGACCUCAGCUUCACCUGGGACUUUGGGGACAACACAGGGACUCUGAUCUCCAGGGACCGCACGGUGACGCACACCUAUCAGACUGUGGGCUCCUUUAAACCACAGGUCAUCCUCAUGGCCAGCAUCCCCACCUGCGGAAACCCUACUGCUGUGGUGCCAGUGGAGUCGUCUGCCGCACCUGCUGUGGUGGUGGUGAGUCCAGCGGCUGUCCCUGAUGCUGAAGCUCCAGCCGUGGACACUGCAGUGGUUACUGACGCCGACACUACGGUAGAGACUGGAGAUGAUGCUACUGCCGAUGCUACCGCCGAUGCUACCGCCGAUGCUACCGCCGAUGCUACUGCCGAAGCUACUGCUGAUGCUACUGCUGAUGCUACUGCUGAUGCUACUGCUGAUGCUACCAUUGAUACUACUGCUGAUGCUACCAUUGAUGCUGCUGCCGAUGCUACCGCCGAUGCUACUGCUGAUACUACCAUUGAUGCUGCUGCUGAUGCUAAUGCUAACACUGAUGCUACAGCUGAUGCUACAGCCGAUGCUACUGGUGAUGCUACCGCUGUUGAGGCUGCAGCGGCUGACGCCAUUGAUGCUGCGGCUGAGGCUGUUCCCGCCGACACUGAGGCUGCAGAAGCUGAUGCUGACACUGAGGAGGCUGCUGCUGUAGAAACCGUGGUCACUGAAGACGCCGCUGCUGCAGAAGAGACCGUCGACACAGCUGAGGCCACAGAGGGUGAAGUUGCCACUGCUGAGGAGGCUGCCCCUGAAGCUGCUGUAGAAGAUGCCACUGCAGCUGUCGCCACAGAGGAGACAGUUGAUGAGGCCGCACCUAUCGCAGAGGAAGCACCUGUCACCGAGGCCACACCUGUCCUAGAAGAUGCACCUGUUGAGGCUGAAGCUGCUGAGGUGGAGACUGUGACCGAGGGAGCUGUUGUUGUGGAGACGGAGGCGGCUGCAGACAACACUGUGGCUGCUGCUGCCACAGUCGCCCCAGAGACAGCUCCAGAGGCUCCUCUAGAGGGGGAGGUGGUGGCUGAGGUAGCGGAGACUGAAAAUGUGGUAGCAGCAACCGUGGCUGCUGCAGAAGCUGAGGCAGAGCUCCCCCUGGUGAUCGCUAAACGUCAGGCACCUGAGCUCACCGCAGACUGUACUGUUUAUCGCUACGGCUCCCUCGCCACCUCCGUCCAAGUCGUCCAGGGCAUUGAGAGCGUGGAGAUCGUGCAGGUGUCUAAUGUCAUGUCUUUGGCCACAGCGCUGGACCAGAAUGCUGUGGAUGUUACCGUUUCAUGUCAGGGGAGUCUUCCCAGUGAGGUGUGCACUGUGGUGUCAGAUGCAGAUUGUGUAACUCCUGUCCAGACGUUGUGCUCUGUCGCGGUGCCGACUCCAGACUGUCAGCUCGUCCUCAGGCAGUUCUUCAACGACACUGGAAUCUUCUGCCUCAAUGUGUCUCUCACCAACGACGUUAGCUUAGCCGUGACCAGCGCACGCGUCAACGUCAACAUGGCAACCACAGGGUCUCCAGCUGGGACUGCAGCCACAGUCCUGGGAGUGAUGGUCCUGGCCUGUGUGGUCUGCUGUGUCGGACUCAUGUACAGGCGCCUAAAACAGUACCAGCCCCUUGUGGAGGAGUCCGGCUCGGGUUCGGUCCGGACCUCGGUGCCUAUGUUACUGUGGAACCUUCUGACUCGCCAAAGUCCAGGAGAGAGCCGCCCCCUGCUCCACGGACGCAUUGUUUAAACAUCACCAAAACGUUCACCUUUCUGUACACGAAUCUGUAUCAAAAGUACUUCCUUUUUACUUUAGGGUGGGUGACAUGACAAAAAGAUAUUGAUACUUUGCAGUACAUCACACUGGGGGGUCAGUCUACUGUAUGUAUAUCUAUCUAUGUUGGAAUGUUCAGCAGUUGCCAUGGUUACACAAUGCACAUAUUAGCAAACACUGCGUGAUAAGUUUUUAGAUUGUCUGAAAACCCAAGAA